UGUCCCCGGUACUACCGUUUGCGUCCCUGGCGUCGCAAUAAAAUUUUACACGGAACAUAAUCCCCGGGGAAACGAGUGCCAUCAAGUGUAAGAGUAACAAUAUCGUAAUAUAUAUGAAAAAAUUUUUUCAACACGAGAGUUAGUCUCACGUCUAAACUUCUACAACUCUAUCAGGUAGAAAGUGAACGCCAACGUGUGCUGUGAAUAUACAUUCGUAAGGUGGGAAGUGAGAGCCAUCUUGGUGAAAAGGAUACACAACAGGGAAACGGAUCGCCAUCGAGCGGCACGAUGGCAUCAUAUCACGAUAAUAAAAGCUGCUUUGUGUCGUGGUUUAUUCUCAACUGAAAGUUUAACUCUUAAUUAUUAGACGGGACAAUUCAUUAAAAUCGUGUGGAUCGUUAUUCAUAAUAUUUUCGUUUAUUUUUUAGUUCUAUUUAUUAAGGUUUAAUUAACAAUUAAAAUUGGAAGGAUCAAUUUCAAAAUGGAAGCUGGUGAUGGUUCUACUGUGGUCAACAAUCCCGCUGUUAUAAAAGCGGCCCAAGAAGAAAUUGGAAGGCUUAAUGUCCUGGUGUGUGGUCAGUGUCACUUGGUAUUUCACUUCGUCGAGGAAUUCCAAGAGCAUCAGAAUAAAGAGGGCGCUUGCACCAAAACAUCACACUUUCGUGACAAUGGCAAUAAUGAACAGAAGGCUCAGGUUUGGGCGUUUUUAUUGUGGAAAGAUACACAAAUACAGCAAGAAACAACUGACAAAGAUUCAGUCACUUCGUGGAAGCUUUAUCAAAAAUGGUGUAAAAUGGAGCAGCAUGUACGCGAAACCUGGAUCACAGCUGGCAGAACGAUUCAAGCAUUUACCAAGAUUAACAAUGCUAAAAUGACGGAUAUGCGAUCUCACAAUACAGAUGGUGCUAAACAACCAAUAAUAGUACGAAAAGUAGUUCGUAAUGGUCAGCCAGAAGAUUCGAGUGAAGCAAAAAAGAAAGAAAUCAAAUCAGAGGUCAAAGCUGAAAGUUCUGAAUCGGCCCCAACCACAACAACAACCACCACAGCUCAAACGAAAAAAGUUAUGCAACCUCGACCCAAAGCGUUUGUCAAACCAAGAGUAAGACCUGGCAAAACACAACCCGAUGAUGAACCCAACGACGAAGAGUUUGCUGUUGAAAAAAUAAUGGCUAAACGUUACAAUACUAAAAAACGUUGCGCUGAAUAUUAUUUAAAAUGGGAAGGCUACGCUCCAGAGUUCAACACUUGGGAGUCAGCUGAUGUCGUUUCAUCUUGCAAAUUUCUUUUGGAAGAAUUCGAGCGGAAUUUGGCUAAGCAAAAAGAAAUGAAAGAACUAAAAGCCCAACAAUUAGCGCAGCAACAGCAACAACAGCAGCAGCAACAACAACAAACUAAAAUUAUAUCCAGGACUGUUACUCAGAAAACGAUCAUUAAAGCAGAACCAAGUACGCCGGGUCCAAGUUCAGCGGCUCAAAUUACGCGUCCAAUGAGAUCGAGUAAGUCAAAGGCAAUGGAUCAAGUUAAGCAGUGGUGUGGAUCUAUGAAAGAAGAGGACAACGAUCUUUUGGGUAAACGCCGAGCUGAUCUUACUGAUAGUGAUUCAGACACAACGGCUGCUAAAAGGGCUAAAGGAGAAGGCGCCAGCGAUGAGGACUACACUGGUGAAUCUGAAGAAGAACGUAACACUACAGGACGAAGUGAUGUUAUCCAACGUGCUUUCAACCGUGCAAAUGCUCAGUCGAAUGGCUCGAACAAAACUGUCUCAAGCAGCGAUUUGGCAACUUCACUUGGUCUACAGUCUCCUGAUCCUACAAAAACUCAUCAAUCGCCAGUUUUAGUCGCCAAUGCUAAAGGUGUUGUCAAAGUUGACCCUAAACAAAUGCCGAAUUUAGCAUCUGGAGUUUACGUAAUGUCUAAAAAAGAAGGAAUAAUUAAACUAGAUUCCUCGCCUGCUGGUAAGCAAAUCAAGAGUGGUACUGGAGGAGUUCUGAUGGUACCCAAUCGUGAAAACCCCACUGUUGUACGAAGACAAGUAAUUACUGCUUCACAGGCAAACUCCAUUACGCCAGUAAAAGUAGUUUCCAAGCCAGACGGUAGUCAGGUCGUCACCCAGAUGAAAGUGAUCUCUAAACAAGUGCCAGCCAAGCCUAGACAGUCGCUAGGUUCGAAAAAUGAGCCUGUAAAAAUUCAACCAAAACCUGACCCCACGCAACUUCAACAAAUCCAUGUAGUUACAGCUGUACAAAAUCCAAUUGGCAUGCAGCCUAGGAUCACUACAAAUGUACGUCCUAGUAUUCAACAGCAACAGCAGCAGCAAAAAACGGCUGAUGGACGUCCAUUGCUGCCUAGACCGUCAGUGCGUGGUCCAGGGCCCACCAGUGUACUGGGUAUCGGAUCUAUUCGAAGUCCUGUACGCGCACCUACUCCAAGACUUCAGAGUCCACAAACGCGUGCUCCAAUGCAAAAACGUGUUGUAGCUGGAUCACCUCAAGCUACUAUGAGUCCUAACCAACAAACUCAAUUACGGGCUAAAUACAUUGCAUCACCGAAUCAAAUUGUCAAAACUGUUGUAAGUACAGCGCAGUUGAAACAGUCACCUGGUAACAAAUUAAGUCCUGGUAAUAAACAAACGCAGUCUCUGAUAUCACCUCAGCAAAAAACUCUUAUGACCAAGAGAAAGACUCAAGAGCUUACACCUCAGGGAGUUGUUAAGACGCCAAUGAAGACCAUGGUAAAUACCAAAGCACCAGCAGGACGUGGACGUGGUAAAAUAACAACGACAACACCAGUAGCAACUCCAGGAAAGCCUAAGGAGACUAAGAUAGUCGCGAGCGAUGGACUUCACAUGGAAUUUCAGGAAGUAGGAAGCGAAGAGAGCAGUGAUGAAGCCGGACCUGAUGUUACAUCAGAAGCCGAUAAUUUAUGUAAUAUUCCGCAGAAUCCACCGGAGAGUCCUGAGAGGCCGUUCACCCUGUGUCCGCUGACUGGACGAAUCAUAGGCGAGGAUGGUGAGCCAGUAGCUGAGGCCGAGCCAACCACAUCCCAUACUUCAGUGGAUACAACAGCAGCAUCUUCUAUUACAGGUACAACCGUUACAGCGACGACUUCAGCCAGCGAGAGUAUGGACACCUCAUCCAGCACCACGACGACAACAACAGAGUUGGUUCUACCUUCAUUGGAGUCACUUACAGAGACUAAUAGUAUAAUGCGCGUGGAGAUGAGCCCGGGUGGUACAACAGGUACGAUUGUCCAAGCCAGCACUGAUCCCACCGCUCAGUUAAGUCUUGCAGGUGUAACAAUAGCGCCAGAUCUUCCUUGUCUAGAUGACACUGCGACGACUUCAGUUACAUCAGGACAGUCCACAGUCUCACUUACAGAGACAAUAGCCUCUGACGCUAUUGCGACAACGACUGGACUGACGGGUACGAUAGUUACAAGCUCGGCUUCAAAUGUCGCUAAUGUCAAGCAAGAAAUAAAAGACGAGGAAAGAAAGGUUGUUGCCGAUGACGCGUCGAAUGUUGUCACUAUCACGGGUGAGGAUGGUGUUGUAUACCAAGUUGCAGGUCAUGCUGAAGAUGGUCAAACAUUGUUAGUGACUCGCGGUGCUGACGGUGAGCAGCAGUGUGUCUAUGUUACGACUGAACAACAGGGCGAUGAAGGCUCUGUUCUUACUCUUGAUCAUGCUGUUGCUGAAGCUGUUGCUCAGCUCAUGCCUGAUCAGGUUAAUCUCGCACCGCAGUUUUACGUUAAAGAGGGCGAAGGCGAAGCAACUGAAAAUCAAAUGGUCAUGUCCAUUAUGGAUAAUUCCGCUGCGGGAGCUGUUGGGGGUCAAGAAGACUCCGAAGGACAAGCUCAAGUAGUAGCUCAAGUUGUUCAAGCUGAUGAACCAACGCCAGGUGGCACAAGAAGAGUUGUUCUUCUACUUCCCGAUGGUAAUUUAAUGAUGACUGAAGUCGAUGAAGAACAGUAUGCUGCUUUAGAACUCGACAAAUGAGUCUAAGGUGUUUUUUAAUUAUAAAUAUGGAAAUGAAAAAAUUUUAUAUAUAAAUAUAUUAUAUUCAAUACAAAACAUGAUAAAACUUGCAUUAAGUUUGAUGAAAACAGCGUUGUAAGGGUUAACGUCCAACAAUUGUAAUAUCAUAUGACAAUUCAAAAACAAAUGAAUAUUAUCUACAGUAUAAAUUACGUGAAAAAAAUAAAAAGCAUAGAAGAUAAUUUAAAAAAAAUUAUUAAUGUACAUAUGUAAGAAUCGUUAGCUCUGUACGACUACCGAUUACGAUGAUGAUGACUAAGAUGAUAAAAAAUAUAACGUAAAAAGGCUCGCUUUUUAUCAGUUAAAUAAUAAAUGUAAAGAUGCUAAUUAGAAAAAAAAAAAAAAAAAACAUUUAAUAGAUCAAGCAAGAAACAACUGAAUAAAAAAUAAUUGUCAUUAAUUAUCAAAAAAUUCAUUAAAAAAUAAAAUUAAUAAUAAUUUAGAUUUAAUAAGUUUAAAUUAAAUAAAUUGUAUUUUAGACAUUUCAGUAUGUAACGAAGAUUCGCUCUUAUAAAUAUUUUACUUUUCACGUCUAAAAAAAAAAUGUAACUGCAAAUUUAUUUGCAUUGCUAUAGAUUAUAAACACAAAUAUACAAUUCAAUUAUUAAGCUAUUCACCUAUUUCACAUUUUAAAACAACACGUAAAACAAUAGAUUUAAUAAAAGUAUAUUUAAUUGUUUUAAUCAUAAAACCAUUAUCAAUAAUUACUAUAUAAAUAAAUAUUAAUCACCUGGAAUUUUAUAUUUUACAAUCGUAAGAGAGAGCUACACAAUAUAUUUAGUUUAAAUUUUUCAUUAAUUAUUAUUCUAUUAUUUGAUUAGCACCAAUGAACAAAAAUACUAAAAAAAAAAAAAUUAUAAUAUAAUAAAAUAUAUUAAUUUUAGAUUAAGUGCAAGUGAUGGGGAGGUGAAUGGUAUAGAAACAAUAAUUUUUUUAAUUUAAAGAACGCGGUUUUGUCUAAUGUCUCGUGUGAUUAGUUAGCUCUCGUGAGAAAAUAAUGAAAAAAAAAGAAAAAAAAAAUAUAAAAUUAAUUAAUUAUUAAACUUUAAUAUUAAGUGUGUACUCGAUUAAUAAAUCUCUUAUUUCUUCAAUGUCGGAUUACCCUGGUGAAUGCGAGCCGAGUAAUUAAUUAAUUACAAGUAGUUAAAAGAGUGAACGAAUUCCAGAGUGUAUGGUUAUAGUAUGAUUGAGAAAAUAUUAUUAAUGUGGGGUAAUGACCUUCGUUUAAUGUAAGAGUCCAAUAAAAAAAAUACGUUCUUACAUGA